AUGGAAAACGAGGAGUUGGUGAGAUGCGUGCACCUGCUGGUCGCGAAAUUUGUCUCGCCCCAGAACAGAGCGCAAUACGAGAAGUAUUUCGGAUUGUUAAUGCACCUCAUCAGCACGAAUGCCAAGCAGUCGCUGGAUAGAGACGAGUCCCAGGUCAUCGCUCGCAUACGCAAGACAGUGAGCCGGGAGAAGGGUUUCGGCGAGGCUGCCUUGCUGGACCAGUACCUCAACAAGCUUGGAACCUCGUCUUCACUGAGCAGCAACUGGGCCAUACUCUACCUGCUAGAUCAACUCAAGGGAGGCAUCAACAAAGACGCACCCACCUCCACAAUGCCCAAGACCCUUUUCUCUGCUCAAGCCCUGCCAGACAAGACGCCUGUGGCUGUGCGAAGCUCUUCUCGACUCCAGGAAGAGGCUCACGCGAGGCCGACCCCAGCCUCCUCGAUCUCUUCUUCAAAGUUCAAGACGCCCGCCGCGCAUCAGAAACACAAGUACCCGGCCUCGCUCAUCUCGUCGAUCUCGCCCAUCCACCCCACGCCGGGCUACACUACACCCGGCCAGGCUUCUUCGGUCGGCUCCUCGGCCGCUGCCGCAUCUCCCAAUUUCUCUACCCCGCAAGAGUCGCCUGCCGAGGAGGUGGCACUGGGCGCCAUUCUCGAAGACACGCUGUACGUGCUACAGGGCAUCGAGGGCUCAGUAAUCAGAUACAACGACGAGUUGGACCGAUUCGCCAUCCCGCCAGAGGUGAACGUGUCCACCUCGAUCCGACAGCUCGUCGGUUGCGUGUGCGAGAUCGGGUGGCUGUGCAAACGUCUGCGCGAAACGAUAGAUGCCUCCACGGCCCAACCCGGUAUUGUGGCCCAGGGAUUCUAUUCGGCGGUCAAGAUUGAGCUUACGGACUACUACCGCUCGCUGGCGGCUCUCGAAAACCAAAUCGGCGAGGGCAGCGAUCUCACUCUACACCGCCUGUUGGCCUGGGUCAAGGGUCCCUUGGAAAAGCUGCAGAUCCUCAACAUCCUCGUGGAUAACAUCAAAGGGAAGCACGGAGGGGAAAUGGCUUCGGCCGUUUACAAGCUGGUUUAUCACGGCAGCAAAAUCUGGCGUUCGGUCGCGCUGAGCGUGCUCAACCAGACCGCCAAGCCCAUAAUCGCCAUGAUCCGAGCCUGGAUGCUGGAGGGCACGCUUAAUGAUCCGUAUCAAGAGUUCUUCGUCGCUACCGACCCGGACGUGCCCGCCCACCAGCUCUGGCAUGCAAAGUACCAGCUGCGGCCAGAGGCGCUGCCUUCCUUUAUUCCUCCGUCUCUGGCCAACAAGAUUCUACUGAUCGGCAAGUCCCACAACCUCAUGAGAGAGUGCAGCGACAACGUGACCGAUUUCUGGGGCAUCGAGCGGGACUCGCUGAAUCAGAUUCUGCGGGGUGACAUCGGGGAGCUUCGAUCUGACGUGGAGUUGGUCGAGUUCUUCUCGUCUCUUGAAAGGGCCGUAUCCAAGGUGGAGACCGUAGUCAACAGGCGAGUGAUGCAGGUGUUUAUGGACAAGCACAAGUUCCUGCAGCACUGCCUGGCCAUCAAGCGAUACUUGCUUCUGGGCCAGGGCGAUUUUGUAACCUACCUCAUGACCUCCAUCAGCUCUGACCUCAAGAAGCCCUCUAGCACCAUCUUCCGCCACAACCUUCUCGGUAAUACAUACAAAGCUAGAUCAACGAAGCAAGGUACUCUGGACCGAGCCGUCCGAAGUUCCAACGCACAGUUUGACGACCCGCAAAUCAUCGAUCGAUUGGAUGUCCGUUUGCUCGAGCAGGGCGUGGUAUGGUGUCUCCCCUCCCCCUUCUGUGUUGUGUUGUCAUUUUCGUAG